UUCCCCUUUACAACUCCCCUUCUCUCACACUCUGGUAUCUUACUACAACUAUAAAGCGAAACAAACAGCUCUUAUGAAAGAGAGAGAAUUUUAAAAAGCUUAAAAAUGGCGGAUUAUAUCAUUUUAUGAUUUAUGAUUUAUGAUUUAUCAAGUGAGAGAGUGUGUGUAGUAGUCUCAAAGCAAAAGAUAAUCCAAUCAAUCAAUCUUUUCUCCCCUAUAUCUCUUUCAUCUAACCGCUCAAGAUUUCGACUCUUCUUCACUACCCAACUUUUUUAUUCUUCUUUUUCUUGAGUUCUAUUUCCAUAUGAUUAUUUUGUUAUAAUCAGACAUAAUUUUGACAAACUACAGAUUUUCUGGCUGAUUUUGAUCAAGGGUUUUUUCUGAUUUUUUUUUGGGAUUUUUUAGAGAGUUGGGUUGUCGUAAUUACUUGCCAUUUUUGUCAUUUUAGCUUGAUUUGUUAAGAUUUUGAUUUGAUUUUGAUUUUUUCCUGAUUAAUGUUGGUGGGUAUUUGAUAUAUUUUUUCUGGGGUUUUUAUUUUGGGAGAAAAUUUAUUUUGGUGGGGUUUUAAUGGCGACGAGUGAAGCUUUGUCGUUUAAUGUGGCGUCUGUUGUUGAAGAUGUUCUUCAACAACACGGGGGCCGGCCCAGAGGUAUUGAUUUAGAUUCCAGAAGAGCCGAAGCAGCUGCAAUGAGAAGAUAUGAAGCAGCUAGUUGGCUUAGGAAAAAUGUGGGGGUUGUCGCCGCUAGAGACCUGCCGGCGGAGCCCUCUGAAGAAGAGUUUAGGCUUGGUUUGAGAAGUGGAUUGAUCCUUUGCAAUGUCCUUAACAAGGUCCAACCUGGAGCUGUGCCAAAGGUGGUGGAGAGCCCUACAGAUUCUGCUCUUCUUCCUGAUGGAGCAGCUUUAUCAGCUUAUCAGUACUUUGAAAAUGUGAGGAACUUUCUUGUAGCAGCAGAAAAUAUGGGGCUUCCUACAUUUGAGGCAUCUGAUCUCGAGCAAGGAGGGAUACCGGCAAGGGUGGUGAAUUCUGUUCUAGCUCUUAAGUCUUAUCAUGAAUGGAAGCAGACCGGCGGAACUGGAGUCUGGAAAUUUAGCGGAAAUGUAAAACCCGUCACCACCUCCGUGAAACAAUAUGUGCGUACUAAAUCGGAGCCUUUCACAAAUUCCCUGAUUAGGAACCCAUCGAUGAAUGAGAAAUCCCUGAGUGCCCUUUCUCAUGACAUUGACACUAACAAAAUGUCAAGUUCUCGGUCCUUGAGUUCACUUGUACAAGCACUUCUAUCGGAUAAGAAGCCUGAAGAAGUUCCACAGUUAGUGGAAUCAGUUCUUAGUAAGGUUGUGGAGGAAUUUGAGCAACGCAUGGGCUCUCAAAGUGAUAUGGCUAAUCAACUAAGGCAAGCAACAGCAAAAGAUUUUUCUGCAUCACAUGGGAAGAAGUCUUUUUCAAAGAUGUCUUCUGAUAACUUGAAGGUAGGAGAUAGAAGCCAUGCCUUGACCAAGAAGCAGGAGAGCACUAAUGGCAAUCAUGUUAGUGCUGAACAAUUGAGAAGUCAAAUGAUGAAACAACAAGAGAUCUUUGAUCGACAAGGAAGAGAUGUCCAGGAGCUGAAACUCACCCUUCGCACAACGAAAGCUGGAAUGCAGUUCAUACAAACAAAAUUCCAAGAGGAUCUCCGCAAUCUUGGUACACAUAUGUAUGGCCUAGCUCAAGCAGCCAGUGGAUAUCACAAGGUUCUCGAUGAGAAUCGCAGGUUGUACAAUGAAGUACAAGACCUCAAGGGAAGCAUUAGAGUUUAUUGUCGAGUGAGGCCCUUUUUAAGUGGGCAUUCAAGCUAUUUAAGUAGUAUCGAACACUUUGAAGAAGGGAGUAUUACCAUCAAGGCACCAUCUAAGCAUGGAAAAGGUUCCAAAUCAUUCAGCUUUAAUAAAGUUUUUGGUCCAUCAGCAACACAGGCUGAAGUCUUCUCAGAUAUGGAGCCACUGAUUCGUUCUGUGCUUGAUGGUUACAAUGUUUGUAUAUUUGCAUAUGGCCAGACAGGUUCUGGGAAAACAUUUACUAUGUCUGGACCGAAAGAUCUCACGGAGCAGAGUCAAGGUGUAAACUACAGGUCUUUGGGUGACUUAUUUUAUCUCGCGGAGCAAAGGAAAGACACUUUUCGCUAUGAUGUUGCUGUCCAGAUGAUCGAGAUUUACAAUGAGCAAGUCAGAGAUCUUCUUGUCAGUGAUGGGCUGAAUAAAAGAUUAGAAAUUCGUAACAGUUCUCAGAAUGGACUCAAUGUACCAGAAGCAAGUCUUGUUCCAGUAUCAUCUACAUCUGAUGUCAUUCAUCUGAUGAAUGUUGGACAUCGCAACAGAGCAGUUGGUGCGACGGCCCUGAAUGACCGUAGUAGUCGUUCUCACAGUUGCUUGACUGUUCAUGUUCAAGGGAGAGAUUUGUCAACUGGCAAUGUACUGCGUGGCUGUAUGCAUCUGGUUGACUUGGCAGGUAGUGAAAGGGUAGACAAAUCGGAGGUGACCGGAGAUAGGUUAAAAGAGGCGCAGCACAUUAACAAAUCUUUAUCAGCUUUAGGAGAUGUGAUUGCUUCGCUUGCACAAAAGAACUCACAUGUCCCAUACAGGAAUAGCAAAUUAACACAAUUGCUCCAAGAUUCACUAGGAGGACAGGCCAAGACACUGAUGUUUGUUCACAUAAGUCCCGAAGCUGAAGCUGUUGGAGAGACUUUAAGUACACUUAAAUUUGCCGAGAGGGUAGCCACUGUUGAACUUGGUGCUGCACGAGUAAACAAAGACGGUACAGACGUGAAGGAGCUCAAGGAGCAGAUUGCCAGUCUUAAGGCUGCCUUGGCAAGGAAGGAUGCAGAAUCUGUUCGUUCUCACCAAUCAGGAUCCAGCAGCCCAGAAAGAUAUAGAGGGAUAGUUGAUGGUCCUUCCCCCCUUCGUUCUAAUCAAAAUGGCGGAAAUGCGUUGUUUGAUGCAAAUAGACAUCAGCAACCAAUCGGAGAUAUAGCCAAUAUCGAGGUCUUUAACAAGUCUGCAUCAAGACAAAAAAGACAAAGCUUUGAUCUUGACGAAAUGUUGAAAAAUUCACCUCCAUGGCCCCCUGUAAAUAGUCCUGGACAAAAUAUUGGAUAUGAUGAGAAGGACCUUGAUUCUGGUGAAUGGGUAGAUAAGAUAAUGGUGAAGCAAGAUUCACUUCCGAAAGUAUCAAACCGCUUAUGCUGGGAAACAGCAGGAAAUGGACAAACAGCUGAUUCUUUCUACCAGAAAUAUUUCCCAGAUGACUCCAAACUAUUUUCAGAACAACCAUAUAACAUGUUCAGUGGAAGUAAUCAAUUUGAAGUGAGUAAUGCAGAUGAGUUGGACGAGCUUGAUGCUGCCACAAGCGAUUCGUCUGAGCCAGAUUUGCUCUGGCAAUUCAAUCAUAGUAAACUCCCUACACUUUCAAAUGGUAUCGGGUUGAAGUCCAAGAAACUUGAUUCCAGACCAGCUAAGAGUCCAGAAUUGAGCAAGUCGAUGAUUCCCACAAUAUGCCCGUCGCCAUCAAGAAAGCUACCAAACGGAACUCCGCUUCCUAAAAGUAGAAGGCAGCAACCAACAUCAGCAGAAACAAAACGGAGAGCCGGAAAUAGGAAGUAGUAGAUAAAGUGAUUGUUUUUCUAAGGGUAACUUUUACCCCUUCGUUUUUUUUUCCUUCUUUUAUAACUGGGGUGUUUUUUUUGUCCCUUGGUUUAAAUUUGGUGGUUGUUCAGUGAUUGAGGGUGAGACCGUGAGAGAGAGAGAAAUGUGUGUGACAUACAGUAUAUUUUUUUGUUCUUUUGUAACAUUUGUUGUUACUUAUACAGUUGAGCAAUAAUUCCAGUUGCUUGAAUUUGUAUACAAACUGAGAAGCUAAAAAAGCAGAGGAGUUCCACUUGUGUUCA